AUGGACAGGAGGUAUAAUUUGGAAGGAAGAGGAGCUUUGCUAAUGAAAGAAAAGGGAAUGCCGUCAAUACCAGGGGAGGAAUCCUUGAGACCGUCCAAAGCGGAUAAUAAUUCUUGGAGGGAGAAGGGUUCAUCUAGGAUGGUUGGGGAAGGACAGUUAUAUGAAGAGUAUGGAAGUUCAUCCAAAGCAGGAGCGGUAGUAUACAUAACUUUGAUACAGGACGUUUUAGUAAGGAGUUUUUACAACAAUGUUGCGUUAGUCAGAGCGUCGCAUCAACUGACUGGAGGGGGCCCUUCAAAUGUGAGGCCUCUUACUGAAAUAGAAGAGAAGUUUUUGGUUAUUGUGGGCCAGGAUUUUGGCACUGGUCUGCCAGGAAUUAGAGUGCAACCAAAUUUUGAAAGGGAACCAAUAGAACCUCAGCCAGUUGCCUCGAAUAGAAUUUUAACCCCAACAAUAGAAGAAGCUACCCAAGAGUUUGGACAAGACAAACGGAAUCUCCCCAAUGAAGACGAGGCGCAGGAUGGAGGAUCUCUAAGUGUUUUAGAAUACUGGGAGGAAAUGAACCUCAGCCCGGUCCGUCGAGGAUCGUAA